AUCAAUUUCCUGUUUCUGUCAAACACUGAAUCGGAAGUAAAUGCUGACAAUUUUUACCUGUUGAUUACUUUGAAUUUCGCAAGUAUAAUUUGACAGAUAAUGAUGACACCGAUUCCACACUAAAAUUUAUGGAUGACAUUCAUUUCGGAGGUUUUUAAUUAACAUAUAGACCGUUCAAUUGCUAAAAAUGCCAUACCAUUGGCAGAGCCACAAUGUCAAGACAAGUGGGGUGGAUGACAUGGUCCUGCUUCAGAAGAUCUCUGAGUCGGGUAUUGUGGAUAACUUGAAGAAGAGGUUCAUGGAUGAUACUAUAUAUACAUAUAUAGGACCUGUUUUGGUAUCUCUGAAUCCAUUCAAGGCUUUGAAUAUCUACACAGAGAAAGAAAUUGACCAGUAUCAGGGAGCUGCCCAGUAUGAGAAUCCACCACAUGUGUAUGCUUUAACUGACAACAUGUAUAGAAACAUGAUGAUUGACAUGGAAAACCAAUGUGUUAUUAUCAGUGGAGAGUCAGGAGCUGGGAAAACAGUGGCUGCCAAGUUCAUCAUGAGUUACAUAUCAAAGGUUUCCGGUGGAGGAGCAACUGUACAGAGAGUAAAAGAUAUUAUACUAGAGUCUAACCCUCUUUUGGAAGCAUUUGGUAAUGCUAAAACUGUGAGAAACAACAAUUCAAGUAGAUUUGGAAAAUAUGUAGAGAUUCAGUUUAGUCGCGGUGGUGAACCAGAUGGCGGGAAAAUAUCAAACUUUCUUCUUGAGAAGUCAAGAGUAGUCAGCCAGAAUCUAGAUGAAAGAAAUUUCCACAUAUUUUAUCAGCUGUGUGCUGGUACAGAUAAAACACAGAAAGAACAAAUGGGUAUCGCCAACCCCGAUUAUUACUGUUAUUUGAACCAGAGUGGUGCAUUUAGUGUUGAUGGAAUAGAUGAUGUCAAAGAAUUUAGAGAUACUAUGCAUGCUAUGCAGGUGGUGGGUAUAGAUGACCAAACACGAGAAGAUAUCAUGUCAUUGGUGGCAGGUAUUUUACACUUGGGAAAUUUACAGUUUGUUGAAAAUGGAAACUAUGCUGCAAUAGCUGAUGCUGGCUUCCUUGACUUUCCUGCAUACUUGUUUGGGAUACAACAAGAUAUGUUACAAGUCAAGUUGACAAGUCGUAAAAUGGACAGUAAAUGGGGAGGUAAAUCUGAGAGUAUAGAGGUGACAUUGAAUGUAGAACAGGCAGAGUUUACACGAGAUGCACUAGCCAAGGCAUUGUAUUCAAAAAUGUUUGACUAUCUUGUUGAGUCUGUAAAUAGAGCUAUGAGAAAGGAUCAAGAAGAGAUCAACAUUGGUAUUCUAGAUAUUUAUGGAUUUGAGAUCUUCCAGAAGAAUGGCUUUGAACAAUUCUGUAUAAACUAUGUCAAUGAAAAACUACAACAAAUCUUCAUAGAAUUAACUCUCAAAGCAGAGCAGGAAGAGUAUGUACAAGAAGGUAUAAAAUGGACACCAAUAGAUUACUUUAACAACAAGAUUGUGUGUGAUUUGAUAGAGAUGAAGAGUCCACCAGGAAUAAUGUGUGUACUAGAUGAUGUUUGUGCUACAUUACAUGCUGUCUCAGAGGGUGCUGAUAUGACCUUGUUACAGAAACUCAAUGCUGCUGUUGGAAGUCAUGAACAUUACAAUGGAACCAGUAUUGGAUUUAUUACACAUCAUUAUGCUGGAAAGGUGGAGUAUAAUGCUGAAGGGUUUUGUGAAAGAAACAGAGAUGUUCUGUUUCCUGACCUUGUACAGCUAAUGCAGUCUAGUGAAAAUGAGUUUGUUGUAUCAUUGUUCCCAGAGAAGUUAGAUAAAAAUCAAAGAAGUCGACCAACCACUGUUUCAACAAAGAUAAAAACUCAAGCGAACAAAUUAGUUGACACACUAAUGAAAUGUACACCACACUAUAUCAGAUGUAUCAAACCAAAUGAGACAAAGAGGGCAAGGGAUUUUGAAGAUAGCAGAGUGAAGCAUCAGGUGGAGUAUUUAGGAUUAAAAGAAAACAUUCGAGUCAGAAGAGCUGGAUUUGCCUUUAGAAGAGAAUUUCCAAAGUUUCUCAGAAGAUAUGCUAUACUGACACCAGAAACUUGGCCUGAAUGGAGGGGACAGAUCACUCAAGGAGUACAUCAUUUAAUGGACUUUGUCAACAUGGAUAGAGACCAAUAUCAAUUAGGAAAAUCUAAAGUCUUUAUAAAAAACCCUGAAUCUCUAUUUUUACUGGAGGAGAUGAGGGAGAGAAAGUUUGAUAGUUAUGCUCGUGUUAUACAGAAAACCUGGAGGAAAUAUCAUGCUAGACAACAGUAUUUCAAACAGAAGGAAGAAGCAUCUGAUAUUUUACUGAACAGAAAGGAGAGGAAACGAUUCAGUAUAAAUCGUAACUUUGUUGGUGAUUAUAUUGGUAUAGAGGAAACUCCUGCUCUACGUGCCUUAGUGGGAAAACGAGAAAGAAUAGAAUUUGCAGAUACAGUGAACAAAUAUGAUAGGAGAUUUAAGUCAACAAAGAGAGAUCUCCUGCUGACUCCACAAAACAUUUACCUCAUUGGACGAGAAAAGAUAAAAAAAGGAGCACAGAAGGGUCAGAUGGUAGAAGUUGUUAAAAGAAAACUGCCACUAGAGGAAGUACAAUCUGUAGCUUUCAGUACUAUGCAAGAUGAUAUAUUUUUACUACAUAUACAGAAUGAUUAUGCUAGUGUUCUAGAAUCUGUAUUUAAAACAGAAUUUCUGUCUCUACUAACGAAGAGGUACAAGGAUAAAACUGGGAAGGAAUUACGACUUAUAUUUUCUGACAGUUUAGAUUUUGCAGUAAAAAAGGAAGGCUGGGGCGGAGGAGGUUCUAGGAUGAUCAAGUUUGUAAGAGGUCAGGGUGAUCAAGCUGUCCUGAAAAUAUCAGGAAAAACUCUUACAGUCUCCAUUGGUAAUGGCCUGCCUAAAGAUUCUCGACCGAAGAGAAAUGUUCAUUCAGUGAGUAAUGGUGCUCCAGGUAACCGUAGACCGUCUAGAGUGGCUCCAUCCCGUCCUGCUCCAUCCUUCCCAGCACCUGCUAUACCAACUAACCAAAAUCCAGGAGGGAGAAAAAUGUCACGACAAAAAAGUCAUGAUAAAACACCGUCACUACCACGUGAGGGUGGUCACAACAUGGGCAGGAAGAUUCAAGAUGCAGUGAAGACGAGGAACAAUGAUUUUAUGAAAGUUCCAGAUUCUGGUCAGUCAGGGCAUGCUAGAAAUGAGGUUCAAAAGAAUGUACAGAGAAAUCGUAUGAGCAGCUCUAAGCCACAUCCUGGAGCUGGACGUCCGAAGCCUAGACCAACACCAAAACCUAAACCGACACUCCCCCAGUGUAAAUGUCUGUAUGCUUAUGAUGCCCAGGACACAGAUGAACUUAGUUUUAACGAAGGAGAUGUCAUAGAUAUUAUAAAAGAAGAUCCAGCUGGCUGGUGGAAUGGUAGAUUGAGGGGAAAGGAAGGACUAUUUCCUGCCAACUAUGUAGAAAAAAUCUAAAGCAAAUGUCAUUUGUGGAAAAUGAGAUAUAGACAGAUCAUACCAGGAUUUCUGAUGACAUGAAAUAUUUCAUUUAGGCAACUGACCAUGAUGCUUUUUCAACAUGACAAUAAGUGAUUUAUCAACAUUAUGCAAGUUAUAUUUAAAAGAAACAAAAUGAAUGAAAAAGUUACAUAUUACAUAUGUUUGUUUGUUUUUAGAGUGUUUCAAACAGAAAAAAAUUGUUAUACAUUUUCUUUUCUUUUUAAUUUAACUAAAGCUUCUAUGGUUGCCUAAUGUCCACUGUUGUUAUAUUUUUAGAAAAGUUAUCCAUAUCAGUUCUGUGUGAGGAGGUCGUUACAGCUAGAAUUUGAAAAUUUUAGAAUUGGAAACUUCAAGGUCAAUGCCUUAUAUCAUGUGUGGCAUUGUCAUGUGAUCUCCAAUAAAAUCUUUACAAAAUAUGCUCCUGACAUGAAAAUUAGCCCUACCCAAGGAGUAACUUCAUUCAUAAAAAACAAAACAAAUACAUUGUAUCACCCUUUAUGUUAUAAACUUUUGAAGAUUACUUUAUAAUUUUAGUUUGCUGAGAGCAUAACAUAAAGCAUCUAAGUAAAAAAAAUCACUCCAGUAGUCACUCGAUAAAAAUGCUGAUAUUAAAAUAGAAUUAUAUCAUUUACACAGAUGAUUGAUAAAGGCAAUCUUGAGUCCCUUCUCAUUAGUGAUACUGGUAAUAUACAUUGUAUUUUGCCAAAUAUGUUCUUAAGUUACAUGAAACUUCCCUUAUUACUACUGUAAAAUCAGAUAUUUUCGUUAGGCCAAAAUUUCAGAUUUCAGGCUUGCAAAAAAUUCUGAUUUUACAGUAAGUUCAAAGUUGUGUAUACAUUUAGAAUUAUAGGCCUUUUCUUAGUUAAGAACUGUUGGUUAUUGUUAUUUUGUUAUAUAUGAGAUACAUACUUUAUCUUAAAGGAACUCCACUGGGGUCCAAAAGCCUAAAAACAUCAAAUAUGAAUUUCUUACAUAGAUCUGCUGGGGCACUUAAAAAUAAAUGAAAAAGAUAAUUAAGAAAAUGCUUAAAAGAAACUUGAUUGAAAAAAUGUAUUUUUGUUCUAUUUGUUGCCUGAAUCAAGUAUGCUAAGUAUCGCAAUGCUUUUCAAAUUUUUUUUUUUCAUAAUUAGAAUAAUCAUUAUGGAAAAAACAGAGUGAGCAAAUGAUUAGAAAUUUUGCUUAGAAGUUGUUGGUCUAGAGCCAAUGAAACAUUACUGUUGAAAAAAUAUUUACAGUCCUGCUAUGUCAAUAAACCUCAGUAGAGUCCUUUUAAAUUCAUAUUAAAAUUCUAGUAGGUUGGUAAGAUAGAAACAUUUCAUGUGAUAAAACUUGCCUUAAACUCAUUAACAUCAUAAAUUAAGUAAUGUGCCUUCACUUGGACUUAUGCUAGUUUAAAAUAGGAUGAAAUAUCCGUGGGUUAGAUAUAUUUAUAAUGUUGUUGUUUUUUAAAUCAAGAUUUGUAAAAUAUCAUACUCAUUUUGAACCCAAUUUUUUGUAUAAGACAAUGAUCAUCGUCCCUGCAUUGAUAAAUAAUGGGUAUGUACCUAUAUGUUUACAUGUAAAUAACCGUAAAAUAUUGUACGAGUUGUCAUUCGAGUAUAUUUAUUAAUAAGCUAUUGAUAACUUUGAUCUUUAAAUUAUUUAAAAUUCAGGAUAUAUCACCCAAUUUUGCCAUCUAUCAUAAAAUUUAGGACAGGGCCAUUUUUAUCUUAUUUUUUAAUUUACAAAAACUAAAUGUUUGUAAAGAAGUUUAUGUAAUAUUUACAGUAAGCUAUAUUGUUACCUGUAUUUUAGUCUAUUUUUAUACACAGCUUAUAUGUACAUUGUUAUAAUCUUAUAUAUAUUAGUUAAGUUUGAAUUGUUAUAUCUGUGUACAGCUUGAAGUUGUUAAAGGCAGUAGAUCUUUAUAGUGGUGUUUUGUAUGUUUACUUCUUGUUUAUGUGAAUACAAUAUAACAUAAUGACUGGUCAUGGAGAUUUCCACAAAAUGUUGAAAUUUUAUAGAGGGUAAAUGCACAUUUUGUCUUGAAUUAACAUCUACAGAAGCAUGUGGAUGCAUUUAAAGUCCGAGCCUGCAAGGUAAGGGAAUUAAUAACUGGAAGGGCUUCUGCAGAUGUCAUUGCAUGAAAACUUCAUUAGCACCUUUAAAUUAGAUCUUGCAUAAAAGUAUGCAUCAACAAGUGAUGAUCGAAAAUAAUGUAGACUUUUACUGUUGCUUAGAAACAGGUGGUUUAAAUUUAUUACAAUAACAUAUGAAUAUUAUGAUAAGACAGAAAAAUAAUAUUUUUGGUAAAAAUUCCAAGUAUCAUAGGCAAUUCUAUAACCAUAUUAAUCCGUAUGUAGCACACACCAAUUUUGGGACACAUGACGAUGAUGUUUGGUAACAAGAGUCUCAAAACAAAUAAAAUACACAUGAGAAAAGCGCCAAACGUAACAUCACAGUUUGAUAUGUGGAUGCUAUUAUUUCAAAGUUUGACGUGAUCUGAAUGUUGCAAUUAUAAAAAAAACAAACAUUUAUAUUGUGGUGUUACCAGUGUUUCUAGUUUGGAAAUGGUGUUGUAAGACUGGUGAAAAUUUGUGAAAUCAUAAAGUUCUGCCAUUAUCUCGUAAAAAUAUUAAAAUAAACGCUAAAGAUGAUUAAAGUAUUAUUUUUCUAUUACUAGUACUUGUAAUUAAAUGUUCCGAUUUAUUUCAAUACAUAGUUUACUUUACUUAAACUGCCUGUUUCUAAGCAAUGGUAAACUCUGCAUUAUUUUGGAUCAUCCCUCGUACCUGUGUUUUUAUGCUGUCGUUUCUAGCACUGAAAGUUAAAGGAAACAUUAUGUAGUUUCUUUAAAAUAAUGUAAAAUUAUGAACAAGCUAUAAUGUACUUCAAUUAUACCAUGACAAAAAAAUUGUUGAAAUCACAUUGGUAAGUCUUAUCAUUCAGUAUUAAUCCAGAUGUUAAAACUGGUUGUUAGCUUGUGUUGAAACUCUGCUGGAAUGUAUUAAUAAGUAAAUGAGGAUCAUCAAAGCCAAUGUAAUUUCUGAAAUAAAAUAAUGACUUUAUAAUUACAGCUAGUGGAGUAAAAAUCUCUGACAAUAUACCGUAAAAUCAUGCUAUUUGUAUUUCAUUACAAGAUAAUCACAUCAUAUAUGAUUACUUUCAGAACACUGGUUCUACUGGUUCAUUAAAUUAUUCCCCUGUAAUGAAUUUGAUCACUCUCUUAUAGCUAUUUUAGAAUCUCAUUUUCUUUUUGUAAGUAAUAUUUUGAUCAUAGAAAGUGAUUUUUUCAAGCUUUUGCUGUUAACUUUUAUAGAGAAUUGUUUUUAACAUUACAACACUGUUAAA